AUGGUGGUGGACGACGCUUUUCACCAGCAACUAGAGGAGAUCGAUCGCAUUAUUCUGUGCAAUAGAUAUGCUCAGAUUAAUCGGCAAUAUCGCAAGGGUCAGAAUGUUUACUAUCAGAAGAUCCUCAACCAACAGAAACUGUACCAGGGACGUUCUUCGCCACAAGUAGUAUCAUUCAAGCCACUUUCACCAGAACUGCCUUCUGCUAGAGCUUCUAAUAGCAACGGGCCAACGUUUGCUGGCUCUAGCCAACAACGUCACGUCGCUACCUCACCAUUAACCCCAAUAAAUAGCCAACAAUUUCCAGUCGUUACGAAUGGCAGUACACCAGCAGAAACUGGUAUGAUUGGUAGCGGUAAUUUGGAAGGGUCAAGCUCUACUAGCUCAACCUUGUUGGGUCUUAACUAUAAGCAUCCUAAGGGUGGAUACGGUGAUAUGAAUAUGGACUACGGGGUAUCUAAGAAUAUCUGGGGAAGUGACACUUCGGUUUGGGGUUAG